GCAGGUUGCUGGAGGUGAGCAGUGUACGCAGAGCCGAGGGAUAUAAUUGAACAUGUGUCUUACGUGGUUCUAACAACACCUAACUGGUAAAGAUGAUGCCUCGCCAUGUUAUGCUUUGCACUCUAACUUUUGCACUUUGUGACCUGACUCUAUCCACAGUUCUGUAUAUAUACAGCUGUAAAAAGGCAAGUUUCUUUGAAGAUGUGAUGCAGUUUAAUAUAUUUCACUCUAUGCUGGAUAUCUGGGGGACUACUCUAUUGAGGACCUGUAUAUGUGUUGGAGCUGUCAUAGGUGUCUCCUGGAACAGGGAGAAUGGUCCCCAGCGGCUGCGGGCAUUUAUAAAUCCAAUGACUUUGCUGUGCUACCUCAUUGCUUCUUAUGCCAUGAUUAAAUUGCUGCUGUUUUCUGAAGAGGAAAAGCCAGUACAAGAUGCCUGGUUCUGGAGUCUCCUGUCAUGGACCUGGCUGUCAUCAGCUCUAACACUCUUUGCAUGGAAACAGAUGGGAGAUUUCACUCCUUGCAGACAGGAGACAACGUAUUCUGGCCUUCUAGAAGACCAGGAGGUGGCACAGGUGGACACACAGAGGAGAGAGGUAGAAAGUGACACAUCCGGGGCAACCAUAGGAAGACUACUAUCGUACUCUAAACAGGAUUCUGGUUAUCUCUUCAUAGCUUUUUUUUUCCUUCUUCUAUGCACAAUGGGGGAAAUAUUCAGCCCAUAUUACACAGGGCUGGUCAUAGAUGGUAUUGUCGUCCAAAGAAGUUUGAAGCAGUUUUCCAGCGCAGUUGUAAUACUAGCAGUUCUGGCUGUGGGGAGUUCAUUUUCCGCAGGGUUACGGGGCGGUCUUUUUACAUUCACAUUCGCCAGACUGAAUAUCAGGAUCCGAAACCUGCUUUUCCGUUCCUUGACAUCGCAGGAAAUCGGUUUCUUUGAUGAGAAUCACACAGGUGACAUCAUCUCUCGUCUGACUUCUGAUACAACAAUCGUCAGUGAUGUGGUCUCUGAAAACGUUAAUGUCUUCCUGCGCAGUGUGGUAAAAUCCGUGGGUGUGAUAGUCUUCAUGUUCAGCCUGUCAUGGCAGCUCUCGCUGUUGACCUUCCUGGGAUUCCCCAUCAUCAUGCUGGUUUCCAGGGUUUAUGGCAAAUAUUACAAGAAACUUGCCAAAGAGGUGCAGACUGCAUUAGCAAAGGCCAACAGCACUGCAGAGGAAACUAUUUCUGCAAUGAAAACUGUCCGGAGUUUUGCUAAUGAGGAGACGGAGGCCAAUGUGUAUAGUGAUAAGCUACAGCGACUCUACUCCCUGUACAAAAAAGAAGCGUUUGCCUAUACUUACUAUAUAUGGUCUACUGGAUUUACAGAAGUGGCACUACAAAUUAGCAUACUUUACUAUGGUGGACACCUCGUAAUAUCAGGGCAAAUGACCAGUGGUAAUUUGAUUUCCUUUGUCAUCUAUGAAUUUCUUCUAGGUGACUGCAUGGAGUCCAUUGGAUCAGUAUAUGGAGGGCUAAUGCAAGGUGUUGGUGCUGCAGAAAAGGUGUUUGAAUUCAUAGACCGCAAACCAAAGAUGGUCAAUAACGGCACCCUGGCCCCUGAGCAUUUGGAAGGUAAAGUGGAGUUCCGAAACAUCACCUUCUCAUAUCCUACCCGGCCAAGGGCACAAGUGUUAAAGAAUAUGUCUUUUACACUGUAUCCUGGGAAAGUCACCGCACUAGUGGGACCAUCAGGAAGUGGGAAGAGCUCCUGUGUGAAUAUCCUAGAGAACUUUUAUCCUGUGCAGGAAGGAGAAGUACUCCUGGAUGGUUAUCCCACCACAAUGUAUGACCAUAAAUACCUGCAUGCAAAGGUAUCAAUGGUGAGCCAAGAGCCUGUGCUAUUUGCCCGUUCCAUUGAGAGUAAUAUUUCAUAUGGAUUGAGUACUGUGCCCCUGGAGCUUGUUAUUGGUUCAGCCAAAAGAGCCAAUGCCCAUGGCUUUAUCACGGAACUUCAGGAUGGAUAUGCCACAGAAACUGGAGAAAAGGGUGCACAGCUUUCUGGGGGGCAGAAGCAGAGAGUGGCUAUUGCCAGAUCCUUGAUCCGGAAUCCUAGAGUUCUGAUACUGGAUGAAGCCACUAGUGCUCUGGAUACAGAGAGUGAGCAUGCUAUCCAGCAAGCAAUGAAUAAUGAUCUGCAGGGUCGCACAGUGCUAAUUAUAGCACACAGACUGAGCACUGUGGAGAAAGCACACAAUAUCAUUGUUUUAGACAAAGGCACCGUGGUUCAGCAAGGGAGUCACAAAGAGCUGAUGGAGGAAGGCGGACUGUAUUCCCAGCUCGUUCAACGGCAAGUCUCUGGCCUGGGAUCAGAGGAAAAAGAUCACAUGAGGUCAACACGUCAGCAGGAAGAAGUCACAGAAAAAUGAUACUGCUACAGAUCUGGGACUACAGUACUCAAAGGCUUACCUCAACAUACCGUAGAAACAAAAUAGAUCUGUGCAUGAGUCUACUGGAGAUACAAGAACCUAACACCUCAAUGUGUUCAACAUUAUAGCAGAGCUUCAUCGCUACAAUAGUAGGCACCUGUAAAGAUGUACAACUAGUCUAUAUUGUAGCGGCUGUGCACUGCAUUUUACUAC